GGUUUGAGUGUUAUUUGUUAGAGCUUGCUGAGGACUCUAAAAUCAGCUGAAGAAAUGCAAUAUCUGUUUGCAAUUUGGGUAUUAUUUAAAUUGUUUUUCCACUGCAGGAUUCUGCGCUAUGAUAGGCAGCCUGAACGUUCCCAGUCUGCUUAAAGAGGUUAUCUCUCCCGUUCCAUAGGGAGAAGAGACGGGUUGUCCUUUACCACUGUCCACCUGCACUUGAUUAGACAGCAGCCGCUUUACAUGCCCCACCACCAGAAUCUCAUGAUGACACAGAGAACAGCGUGACUAGGAAUUUUUUCUUCCCCAAGCUCCUGUAUCACAGAGGAUCUGGCAGCAGAUUACCUUCUGACACUGUUUAUAGCAUAUAUUGGUUGAUCCAGUCCCUUACUGAAUCUGCUGUGGGAAUUAAAGAAAGCAGCUUCACAUCAGAAAGGGUGUGCAUUGAAACAUAUUAGACAAACAGCUUCAAAUAACUCAAGAAAGAACACACACUGCCAAGAUGCAUCUGAAUUCUCUCCCUUUCUUCCUUUUCUUGAUCGGUGGCAUCUUCUGCCAAUAUGAUUAUGAUCCUGUUGGAUAUUACCCUUCAGAGCCAGAUUAUGGUUAUGCUCAUCCCAUGUAUGGGCCAUCUACAGCACUCUGUGCACCAGAAUGUAAUUGCCCUGUAACCUACCCAUCAGCCAUGUAUUGCGAUGACCUUAAGCUGAAAAGUCUCCCAAUCAUUCCUUCUGGAAUUAAAUACCUAUACGUGCGAAACAAUAUGAUUGAAGGAAUCGAAGACAAUGCUUUUAAUAAUGUAACAGAUCUGGAGUGGCUAAUCCUAGAUAAUAACCAUUUGGAAAAUUCAAAAAUUAAAGGCAAAGUCUUUGCCAAAUUAAAGAGUUUGAAAAAACUGCACAUGAACUACAACAACUUAACUGAAGUUGUUGGGCCACUUCCCAAUACCAUGGAUGACCUACAAAUCACUCAUAACAAGAUUUCAAAAAUCAACCCCAAUACACUAGAAGGAUUAGUGAAUCUGACCGUUGUUCAACUUCAGCACAACCAACUGACAGAAGAUUCACUUUCUGGGGUUUUUAAAGGCUUGAAUUCACUUUUGUAUCUUGACCUGAGUUACAAUAAACUUUCUAAAUUGCCUCGGGGACUGCCCCCUAAUAUACUGAUGCUAUAUCUUGACAAUAAUCAGAUUACCAACAUUCCUGAUGAAUAUUUUCAAGGUUUUAAAGCACUGCAGUUUUUACGUCUAUCUCACAACAAAUUAACAAAUUCUGGAAUACCAAGCAAUGUUUUCAAUAUUUCCACACUUGUUGAGCUGGAUCUCUCCUAUAAUCAGCUGAAGAGUAUUCCAACAGUGAAUGAACACCUCGAAAAUUACUACCUCCAAGUCAAUCAGAUUAACAAAUUUCCAGUGAGCAGCUUUUGUAAGGUUGUUGGAGCACUUGCUUAUUCCCGGGUCAGACAUCUGCGUUUGGAUGCAAAUAACCUCACGAGAGCUGAUCUUCCUCAAGAAAUGUACAACUGUCUUCGUAUGGCUGCUGAUAUCUCCCUAGAGUGAGUUGCGACGAUUCACUUCAUACUGAGGCCAUCUCUAUUUUCCUGUUCGACGCCAGAGUUACACUUUAAAAAUAGAAUGACACCCUGCAUAAUUAUUUCUUGUGUUUGUUAAUAAUUAGCAUGAUUUUGACCACCUUUUAAACAGUUUGUAUUUAUAUGUACCCUAAGUCUGAAGUACAAAAAAAAUCUUAAAGCUAUAGUCUCAUAGAAUGAGGACAAUAUUUUUGUGCUUUUUUAAAAGACUGUUUUAGGUGAGACAAUGAAAUACAGCCUGAGGUUUGUUUGUUUUUUAAGCACUGGGAUACACACAAUAAAUACACCCUACAUUCCUUGUAGGUGUGCAGUCCUACUCAGGUUUGCCAAAGUCAGGCAUAUUAUUAUCUAGAUGGAGUAUUUACUAUGUUAGGGCUGGACCAUUUAUGUACAUUAUUCCCACAGUUUCCUAUCAAAGUUCUAUGUCCUUUCAUAACUUUAUUUGCAAUUAAUUGCAAUUAUAUUUCACAGAAAACCCAUAAUCCAUUAUAAGUAUAUAAACUAAUAACAUUCAUAGGAAAAUAUAUUUCAAGAACCCAUUAAGGAUGAUUCAUGUGAAGGAUUAAGAACUUUUAAAAAUUUUGUUAAUGCCUUUUUCUUUGUUAAAUAAAUAUGUUUUUUUCUUGAAAAACAAAAAUGUUACUUUACAGUGAAACAUAUACACCAUUAUUGUUAUUCAGUUAUUUGCAUGCUAUAUUUAACAUGAUUGUAGAAAAUAAAACAUAGCAAAUAAAAAUACUGAGUCCAGAUUAUUGUCAAAAUACAUUUCCAUUUUUUUAAAAAAAUGUUUAAAAAUGCAGAUGAAAAUAGACAAAAAAGCUAUUUUAUAUUUUGCUUAAUUAUUGUAAAACUCCAUUCAAUAAAUGUUUUUUUGUA